CGAUCUCUCUCUUUUCCUUUUCAUUUCUUCACUCUCCCAAACUCAUUCCCUCCAUUCCCUUUCUUACAAAUAAUUGAAAACUAAAUGCAACCAAUUUAACACACUCUAAACCCUCGUCUUGUUUCUCGACCGCAUUGUCUUGUUCUUCGAUUCUCACAGGUUUCAAUUGUUGCAUUAAUCUUCGCCGUUAAGAUCACCGUUCAAGAAUCAAGAUUGGCUUCAGUGGAAACGUCGUUCGCGUGUAGUAGAGAAGGCUGUGACUGAUUGAUCAUAAAUGGCACCACCCAAUCCGAAAGUUAAAGCGGCUUUCCGCGCAAUGACGAACCUUGGCAUUCAUGAAUCCAAAGUGAAACCAGUGUUAAAGAAACUGAUUAAAUUGUAUGAAGGAAACUGGGAGCUUAUUGAAGCAGAUAAUUAUACUGCUCUUGUAGAUGCUAUUUUCGAUGUGGAAGAUAAUCAACAGGAAGAUAAUCAGGAAGGGGGGGUUGAGGUUGAAGCUCCUGCGCCCGUACAGGAAGUGCGACCUUUGAAGAGGUUGCGUUUAAGAGGCCAAGACAGUCAAUUUUCACGCCUUCCGACUAGUGGCGGUAGCCCAAGUUCAGCCGUCUCUCCAGUGAAAACACACCUUCCGACUAGUGGUUCAGCCGUCUCUCCAGUGAAAACACACCUUCCGACUAGUGGUUCAGCCGUCUCUCCGGUGAAAACACACCUUCCGACUAGUGGCGGUAGCCCAAGUUCACCCGCCGUCUCUCCAGUGAAAUCACGCCCUCAGACUAGUGGCGGUAGCCCAACUUCACCCGCCGUCUCUCCAGUGAAAUCACGCCCUCAGACUAGUGGCGGUAGCCCAAGUUCACCCGCCGUCUCUCCAGUGAAAUCACGCCCUCAGACUAGUGGCGGUAGCCCAACUUCACCCGCCGUCUCUCCAGUGAAAUCACGCCCUCAGACUAGUGGCGGUAGCCCAAGUUCACCUGCCUCCUCUCCAUUGAAAUCACCUAAACCAAGACCCGGUACAGUACCUGAAAAUGGUUCCGAACUGCAGCCUCAAAGCCCAUCAGUGUUAUCCAGAAGAAAUGCUGUUGUUGACAAGGGAAAGAAGCCUAUCUCACCUCUAGAUACUUCAAGACGGAGAAAAUCUAUAUCUGACAGAAGUCCAUCUAAAGAACAGACAGUUGAACCAGGAACCUCUCCAUCGCCAAAAAUCAAAACGCCCCAUCCUUACCCUUUUAUCAUCCCCAAGGAAGAGCCUGUUAGUGAUGAGGCAGAUUAUGAGGUUCCCAUUUCAAUGGUUUUUCCUGAACCUUUAAGUGCCGAAGAGCAAGAUGACAACAACGCAGUGGCAUCACAAUGCAGGAACAGAAAUGUUGAAGAUGAAGCCUUGGUUGCAUCUCAAGUUCAUGUUUUUGUACGCUCCACAUGUAACCCAGAUGACAUAACAAAGGGAGAAGAAAAAGUGAAAAUUCCAUGGGUGAAUAAUUCUACUAAUGAUAUCCCGCCUUUGUUUCACUACAUGCCCCAAAACACGGUGUUCCAAGAUGCAUAUCUUAAUAUUUCUCUAUCGCGUAUUGGGAACAAAGAUUGUUGUUCUACUUGUAUGGGCAAUUGUGUCUUAUCAUCUAAACCAUGUUCUUGUGCAAAUAAAACUGGAGGAGAUUUUGCCUAUACUGCACAAGGUGUAGUAAAGGAAGAGUUCUUGGAAGAGUGUAUUGCCAACAGCCGCACUCAAAGUUUUACCUAUUGCAAGGAAUGCCCACUUGAAACAUCAAAGAAUGAUGGCUGUUUAGAACCAUGUAAAGGACAUUUGAAGAGGAAAUUUAUUAAAGAAUGCUGGAGCAAAUGUGGCUGUGGGAAUCAUUGUGGCAAUCGGAUUGUCCAGCGUGGAAUAACUUGCAACUUGCAGGUGUUUUUAACUUCAGAUGGAAAAGGAUGGGGUCUUCGCACCUUAGAGGAACUUCCAAAAGGUGCAUUUGUAUGCGAGUUUGUUGGAGAAAUUCUGACAGUCAAAGAGCUGCAUGAGAGGAACAAAGCUAGAAAAUAUACUUUACCAAUUUUAUUGGAUGCAGAAUGGGGCUCAGGAGUUGUAAAGGAUAACCAAGCUCUUUGCUUAUAUGCAGCAUCAUAUGGAAAUGCUGCUCGGUUUAUUAAUCACAGAUGUUUGGAUGCAAAUUUGAUUGAGAUCCCGGUUGAAGUUGAGAGUCCAUCUCAUCACUAUUAUCAUAUUGCCUUCUUCACAUCCAGAAAAAUUGAAGCACAGGAAGAGUUGACCUGGGAUUACGGCAUUGACUUUGAUGAAGAUGAUCAAUCACUCGAGCUCUUUAAAUGCAAAUGUGGCAGUAGAUUCUGCAGGAAUAUUAAGCGGACAAAUAGAAUGGUUAGAUCGUUCACUGCUGCGUGACAGAUAGGCAUUCUUGCCUGAACUAGUUUUGCUGUCAAAGAUCCAUGCUGCUGAUUGAUAGGCAUUCUUUUUUGUUCCAUUUGUUACGAGGUUGGAUAGUAGUUUUUACAGCCAUCUGAAAACUAUAGGCACCAUUUUGCAUUCACGUUUUUACUAAAAACCACACGUGUUUCUGAAAGUGUACUUGCUGGGCGUCAUAAUUUUAGACGGCCCAAUGUUGUUUUUUUUCUUUUUUUUUUCUGGAUAUAUGUAUCCAGACUCGUGUUAGGGAUUGGAGGAAAUAUUCUCCGAAAACUCAAGCAUUCAUGGCCCAAAAAUGAAAAUAGCCUGUUAAGGGUGCUUUUGACUUCCUUUA